UUUUUUUUUAUUUUAUGACCUGCUAUGAUUGUUUGAUGAUAUUUGUUUUAUUUUGUAGGUAUGCGAAUGACGAAGAAGAUAUCAUUAUUCUCAUAUACUAUUACAUUGUUUUCAAUGGCUUCCUGGGUAUUCCAGUUUUCGGCAAAAAAAAGAAACAAGUCUUUUCAAGCCCUAACGCUCAUGAGCACCUUCAUUUCAUCACACAUUCUGUUAAAUUCAUUGAUGUACCUUUUUUUUCUUUGGGCACCGUGUAUGCGUUUAUGCAUAAUAGACAUAAUCAUCACUCAUGCCUAAUGAU